AUGGAUGGAAGUUCUGCCAAUCCAGCUGCCGCGCCUGACAAUUUGCACACAAUGACUGGUACAGACGGUGCUGCGGAUGCAGCCAACACUUCAGCGGCGCAAUCGCGCCAGGAGUCUCCCGAGAAGAAGACAGAGUCUUCCGCUGGACUAGAUAACCCUCUCGAUGCCCCUGCCUCCCCCAAGCCCCAUAAUGGUGAUGCCGAGCCGGAAGACGAAGAGAUGGGUGGCACUGAGACCGAUGCCAAGCCUGACACUGAGGGUCUAGAGGAUGCAGCUGGAGAGUCACAGCCCCCAGAGACUGCUACGGAAGGUCUUGAUGAUGCAGUAGGAGAGGAUCAGCCGGCGCCGAGCAAGUCCGCUUUGGAAGGCAAAGCUCGCGAUCAACUCGUCUCUCAAACCCACGCAAUCAUCCUCCCUAGCUACGCAACCUGGUUCGACAUGAACACCAUCAAUGCCAUCGAGAAGAAGGCACUGGCGGAGUUCUUCAACGGCCGCAACCGAAGCAAGACCCCGGCCACUUACAAAGACUACCGCGACUUCAUGAUUAACACCUACCGCCUGAACCCUAUCGAAUACCUGACCGUCACUGCUUGCCGUCGCAAUCUCGCGGGUGAUGUCUGUGCUAUCAUGCGUAUUCACUCUUUCCUUGAGCAGUGGGGCUUGAUUAACUACCAAGUUGACCCCCAAUCCCGACCUUCCAACAUCGGUCCUCCCUUCACUGGUCACUUCCGAGUUAUCGCCGAUACCCCUCGAGGCCUGCAGCCCUUCCAGCCUGGCCCGCACCCCACCGUCACUUCUGGCAAGGCGCUUCCUUCCACCGAGCGCGCCGCCUCGGCGACCCCCGCAAAGGGCGAUGUCAACCUCGAACUGCGCCGCAACAUCUACGACGAGAAGGGCAAGGAUGUCACACCAGCUGAGGAUAAGGAGAAGCACACUAACGGCGAAGCAACGAACGGCAUUGAGCCCUCAGAGCCCAAGAAGAAGUCUCACUGCUUCUCUUGUGGUAUUGACUGCACACGCCUUCGUUUCCACUACGCCAAGUCGGCCCCAACAUCCGCCAACGCCAACACCCCCGAUACCAAGUACGAUCUGUGCCCGAACUGCUUCCUCCAGGGCCGCAUGCCUUCUAGCCACAACGCUUCCGACUUUGUGAAGCUCGAAGAUAAGGGUCACUCUCACGUGCCCGACAAGGAUGCUCCGUGGUCCGACUCAGAGCUUGUCCUGUUGCUGGAGGGCCUGGAGAACUUUGAUGACAACUGGGAACAGAUUGCGAACCACGUUGGCACGCGGACGCGUGAGGAGUGUGUGAUGAAGUUCUUGUCUUUGGAGAUCGAGGACAAGUAUGUUGAAGAUAUUCCCGAGCUGCGAUCUGGCGCUGCGCGCGAUCCCAUCAGCCAGUCGGAGAACCCUGUCCUGUCCGUUGUUGCUUUCCUUGCUCAGAUGGCCGAGCCCUCAGUAGCCGCUGCCGCUGCCGGUCGCUCUGUCGAGGAGAUCCGGAAAGAACUCCGCAGCCAGCUGGAGAAGGGUGAUGGUAAGAGCAAGGAGUCUGUCAAGGCCGAGGAUUCGAUGGAUGUGGACACCGUUCGCGAAGGCGAGCAGCAGGCUGAGAAGCCCAAGGAGUCCCUGUCAACCGUUGCCCUGGCGGCUUCAGCAGCUCGCGCGGGAGCUUUGGCCUCUCACGAGGAACGUGAAAUGACCCGUCUGGUUGGCGCUGCUGUCAACGUGACUUUGCAAAAGUUCGAGAUCAAGUUGCAGCAGUUCAACGAGAUGGAAGAGAUCAUUGAGGCCGAGCGUCGGGAACUCGAGCAGGCACGCCGACAGCUCUUCCUGGACCGGAUGGCUUUCAAGAAGCGUGUUAUGGAAGCCCAGGAAGCCCUCAAGGUUGUCAGUGACCAGGGUCCCAACGAGCACACUAAUGCCAUGCUCGCCAGUGCCGCCACCGCUGGUAUCGGCAACAACUACGGCUUCCAGCCCCAAGCUGGCGAGACCCAACCGGGUGCUCAGCCCUUGAGCGCAGUGGCCGGUGCCGAUUUCAAGUCGCUCGACCUGUGA